GGCCAACUCAGUUACUCUCGAACGGUGUUCCUAGAUAACCGUGUUUUUCGACCGCGGGACCGGCCACCGUACCAGCGAACAAACGUCGGGCUUGGUUGGACGGAUUUUUUUUUGCUUCUUUCGAUUGCUGACGGGGUCGGGAUUUUUUUUUGCCUUCUCCAACUAUAAUAGUCAUCUGAAGGGACACGAAAUGUAAAUCUUUUCACCGCCGAGUGUGGGUCAGUGGAGGAGUUUGAACGGUACGUUUUGCGGAUUCGCGGUCAUCGAAGUGGAAAUCGAUCCGGCCGCCUACGGGAGGGCAGGUUUUCGUAUGUGCGAAUUCGGGAGUGGUGGAAGAAAUAUUUUCGGUGCUUGCUCCAAUUUUUUUUCGUGUGUGUGCUGGAAGUGUUUGAAUACGGUUACGAGAGGAAGGGCAGUUCAGAGUUCAUUUUCGUUUUAGGGCGAGUGAGCUUUAAUUUGUGGUUUGGUCAACAAAUACCAAUUAGAAAUAAGAAAAUCCGUGAAUAAUACUGCGGCUGUUUAGCGGUGAAGUUAUUUUUGUUGCAAGUCAUGUCGUUUACGUAAAUUACAGAGCUAACGAGUGAAUCACAUAUAUACAUAUAUAGGUUUAUGGCAUUUCUCGUGAAAAUAUAACAACGAAUGUAUAUAACUGCAAAUGUGAUUGGUUUGGUGGAAGCAAAUAAUCAAAUACCGGGAUAGUUCGAAAUAUCUAUUCGCAAGUAUAAUUCAGUAGCCCGGAAGCCGUGGAAAAUUUCCUGCUGAUUUUGAAGUUCUUAGCUCUUGAAUCGAAACUACACCUAUAUAUGUGCUCGAUGUUGAUCUGAACCGGAAAGUAAAUGGUGAUUACUGCCGAAAGCAGUCCAAUGUCUAGUGCAAAGCAACAGUGCUCAUAGUGAAACUAUUGUGCCCACUACAAAACAUAAUCGACAGACCGUCGUCGCCUUGACGGAAACAAAUAUUCUCGCUGACAGUUUGAAUAUCCUUCCCGACCGAGGGCGACGAAAGAGCGGGAUUACCGCCGAGAGCCACCCGUGGCUUCCGGCAAGAGUCAACAACACUCCCGAGCAGGUUGGGUUGGGUCAACCAACUCCUCGACGACGCAAACCUCCAGCUUCUUCGCCGGCGGCAACGGUGACAGGUACCUGGGGGAAAUCCACGGUUCAGCGCCAAUCUCCGGUCAAUGGCAGACGGUUGCUCAACAAAACAGUGGAAAAUAGGCCCGGUAGCGCAGCACACCAGCAACAGCCGAAAUAGGAAGCUUCCGAAGGAAACAUAAAUUAGAAAACCGAUAAAUUUUCCGAUUUCGCCCCCACCAGUCAACGCCGGGGAGUGGACCGGGUGUGCAGUGCAGGACUUCGCAUGUACCGCCGGUUUUUGCCACCCUUUUCGAAGCCAAGAAAAACUGAUCUCAGCAACCGGCGAGAGUAGAGUAGCGGGAAUGUUCAGUGCGCUAGUGCCUAGGAAAUAGGCGAAAAAAUACCAUUAUAAAGUUGAUAGUGGAGUGAAAUAGCAGUAGGAAAGUGCAAGAAGAAAAAAAAACACGCCGGGUUCGUCCGAAGCUGCUUACCUAAAUAAAUAUUUGCCAACCGAUCGACGGGAAAUUCUUUGUUUGAUUCAGCCUAGGAAGUGGAAGGCAAAAAGGUGUUUAUCUCGAUUCACCAAACAGUGAAAAGUGGGAAAAAGUUUCCCGGGUUGGGUGUUUUUGUGUAGUUCUGUGCUGAAGGCGCUUCAGGACGAAGAGAAAUUGCCUUGCCCGUUGCGGUGGGUGCAGGUAAAAAAAAUCAAGUGAAAAGUGUUUUUAUCGCAUUCAGUGAAAAAAACGGGGGCUGGCUCGGCACUGCUAGUGCUAGCGGCCUUACGACAAUGGCCGUCUGUGUGACCCAUUUCAGGCAUCAAUUUGUUCGAUUUGAAUAAGUGCAGGACGAAAAUUAGGGUCAAGUAAAUUGGUCAACUGGAAGAGUGAUGGAUGGUGCCAGGCGAAGCUAUUAGGACGAAAUAAAAGACAUUCGUGUAUGUGCAGCUGUCGCUCCGGUGUGGGUUGUACGCGCGCCACCGUGCCCACAAUUUAUGGCGAAGUAAAACCGGAGCAUUAGCUUGAAUUCAAUUCCCCUCAGAUAAUCGCAAUUCACAGUAACCAACGGUGCGAGAUGUGAAGCGAAACGGAAGAAUUAUGCGACCGAAUCGAUCCAAUUAAAACAGUCACAGUCAUUUCGAUAGUUACCGUUUCAUCAGCGACUUGACGCUUGGCAAUUAUCAUCAUCAUUCCGGCUGUCGGCGUGCCAACUCCGGAUCGUCGUCCGAUUAGGGCACACUGUUGGCAAAGAUCACGACGACCGGCUGCGAAGCUUCCACCGCCAACUCCUCCACCAGCGCAGCCAAAGGCCACCACCGGAAGACGGGGUGGGCGCUGGGUGGGGGCCAUGCGUCGCCGGAAGCCUAUCGAAGGCUUCCUUCUGUGUGGUCUCUUCUUCUGGACGCUCCUGGUGCAUCUGAUCUCGACAUGUUUGGCCAUCCAGCUGGAGGAACGGAUGGAGAUCGUGCGAAAAGUGCUGAAGGAAGUGCCUUUGAUCGAUGGUCACAACGACCUACCGUGGAACAUAAGGAAAUUUCUGAAAAACCAACUGCGGGAGUUCCGCUUCGGCGAGGAUCUUCGCGAUAUUACACCGUGGUCAACCAGCGCCUGGAGCCACACCGAUUUACGCCGGCUGAAGGAGGGCAUGGUCUCAGCACAGUUCUGGUCAGCAUAUGCGCCCUGCUCCUCGCAGCACCUGGACGCCGUGCAGCUAACGUUAGAACAGAUAGACUUAAUACGCAGAUUAGUGAAUCUUUACCCGCAGCACAUGGCUCUGGUGACGACAGCCGACGGCAUCGCGGAGAGCCACCGGUCCGGCAAGCUGGCCAGUCUAAUCGGAAUCGAGGGUGGCCACUCGAUCGGAACCAGUUUGGGUGUGCUGCGGACAUUCUACCAGCUCGGUGCCCGGUAUCUCACCCUGACGCACACCUGCAACACACCGUGGGCCGAUUGCUGCAAAGUUGAUGAACCGGGACGGGUUCCCCACAUCGGGGGCCUGUCGCACUUCGGCACGCUGGUGGUCACUGAGAUGAACCGGCUCGGGAUGAUCGUGGAUCUGUCCCACGUAUCGGUCCCAACGAUGCUGGACGCGUUGGCCACCUCCAAGGCGCCCGUCAUCUUCUCCCACUCGUCGGCCCACGCCAUCUGCAAUAGCUCGCGGAACGUGCCGGAUCACGUGCUGAAGCGAUUGUCAGCCAACGGUGGCCUGGUGAUGGUCGCUUUCUACCCACAUUUCGUUAGUUGUGGCGAGAAGGCAACCCUCAAGGAUGUUGUCGCGCACAUUAAUCACAUCCGGGACGUGGCCGGAGUGGACCACGUCGGCAUCGGUGCCGGAUACGAUGGCGUGAAUCUAGUGCCCCAAGGAUUGGAGGACGUCUCGCGGUAUCCGUACCUGUUCGCCGAGCUGCUCGUGUCGGAAAAGUGGACCGAGGAGGAUAUCGCCAAGCUGGCGGGGAAGAAUUUAAUUAGAGUUUUCAAACAAGUCGAACAGGUACGGGACCAGCUCGAAGCGCAAGGUAUGCUACCAAUUGAUCAAUCGAUCCCACCGGAGGACAUUCUCGGGAGAUCCUACUGUCGCUAUUCGGGCCCGCGGACGUGACGCAAACGGAACCUUCCCGUCAGCUAGCAGCUCUCGCAAAACCAAUCAAGGGCCCACCACGCCAACGGUGUAAGAUAAACGAAAAACAAACAAACAACCAAACAAACUAGCACACUUUGUACACAGAUUUACUAGUAGGAUAAACAUUCACCAAAAAAGAAAAAACUACAUUCCAAUUCGAACUAUCUCACAGCACGGAGAAACCAGCCGUAAGAAGUGAAGAAUCAAGCCAACAAUCAAACCAACUAAGUUGUUUUACUGAAAAACCAGCGAGAAAAAGUAAAAAAAGGCAAAAAGAGUUUGCAUAUCAUAAGCUAACUUCAUUGGAUACAGGCCCAACUAGGCUAAUUUGAACUUUAAACAAAACGAGAAGGGUUAUUCUCACGGUACUUAACCGAAUUUCCCGAAAUUAACAAAAAGCAACCAACACACAUUUUUUGUAUAUUUUUCUAAGCAGAGCAUAGCCAGUUUAUCACCAUCGACAAACUCACUAGAGCAAACCUCCCCCCAAAAAUCGGAUAACAAAGUUAUCUUCCCUAUGUUUCGAUGAAAGAGCAGAUCAAACCAACCAUUGCGGAACGAAAAAAAAUUCUAAAUGAGAAAUUUUAGGCUAAAAUAAUGUAUAAAACCAAACCAAUGAAAUCUAAUCAAACAAUAACUGUGUAGAAAUUAAUGACAUGUUGAAUCUAAUAAAACAGAAACAAUUCCGACGAAAGAAAGGUUUUUUUU